CUCGCCAGUACGAUCCGGAGUGCGUUUAACGACUAUCAUCUUUGGUCUUAUAUUAUAAUAUUACAGUACUCUUCCGCGUCAGUAUAACAGCACGCGUAUUUCGAAAAUAUCUAAAUCAAAAUAAAAUAAUAACCAUACACGAUAUCAUAUAGGAUAAUUUGCCGGCGUUAAGAAUCAAAAAUAUAAUUAUGAAAUUAUUAUCCAACUACAUUAUGAUUUUGGCUUUACUAUUCAUUACAUUAAUAAGCUUGCUGACACUAAUGGUUAGCGGAAAUGAGACGACUAAAAACAAAGGUUAUGACAGCCAAUAUUACAUUGCGGCUGUCGUUGAGUACCACCCAAAUUUGGGUUCCAAUCCUUUGCAGUCAAUGCAGAACAAUUUACCAAUUUAUGAGGAUAUUAUUCACCAUGCUAGUCAAUAUGAUGUUGAUAUAUUGGUUUUCCCGGAAGCUGGUUUGACCGGAGUUACUUUACCUGAUGAUCGAAAACAAAUUAAAACAUUUUUAACAGAGAUUCCUUCCCCAGAAAGUAACACUAUUCCAUGUUUUACUGAAUAUUGCAGCACGGUGUUGAAUAAACURUCAUGUGCGGCUAGACUUCAUCAUAUGUAUGUGGUAGUAAAUCUACCAGAAGUAGAGUAUUGCAAAAGAGAAGAAGACUAUUCGUGUCCAGAAGAUUUAGCAAAUUUUUAUAACACAAACGUUGUGUUUAAUAGGGAAGGAAGAAUUGUAGCUAGGUAUAGAAAAUUUAAUUUAUUUGGAGAAUUAGGAUUCAAUCAUACGCACUCAUCAGAACUUUGUACGUUUGACACUGAUUUCGGAGUGCGAUUUGGAAUGUUUAUAUGCUUCGAUAUACUAUUUCAAGAUCCCGCAGCUCGGCUUAUUCGUGAAACAGGCGUUAAAGAUGUAAUAUUUUCAACGGCUUGGUUUUCAGAAAUUCCUCUGCUUACAGCUGAUUCAGUGCAAGCCGGCUGGGCAUAUACCAAUGACGUGAAUCUUAUAGCAGCUAGUUACAACGCUCCAUCGAUGGGUGGUGGAGGUAGUGGUAUUUAUGCUGGUCGGGACGGACCAUUAGUCAUGUUUAUGCCUGACCGACCUGGCACUCAAAUAAUACUGUCAAGAGUGUUGAAAAGAAAAUAUAACAACUGUGAUACUCAAUCAAAGAAAUGUUCGAUCGAUAGUAACUAUCAGACAUUUAUGUCGGAUAACCUAGUCUUGCCUUAUGGUAAAGAAAAUUCACCACCAAAUAAAAACCGGCCCAGUGACUUUAGAUUCUUCGUGGACAACAGCUUCAAGGACUUCCACGUGGUGACCAUGCGGUCCGCGGAUCCGGAAGCCGAACAACAUGACGACACGCUCUCCGCGUCGUUUCAGUACGAGCACGAUGGAUUCGAGUGCGCGAUGACGGUGCGCUGGCGGAACGAGAACAACAACGACACGACGGACUACAACAUGUUCGCGUACUCCGGUACUAGAACGUUCAGCGGCUUCGUGGACGCGCACAUCGAAACGUGCGGCCUGACCACGUACAAGCCGGGUGUAGCGGCCGCCGGCCACUACGGUGGUGCCAUCGUGUACUACGACCCUCCCAAGGAUCUGGUCACUAUCACSGGUAUCACGAUCGCCGCCCGGUCACCGGAUCUCGGCACGCUGCCAAUACCCAGCACGUUGGACACGAGUAGCUAUCCGCUGGCCCACGACUACUACACGUUCAGCAAGCGGACGGUGAUGAUCGGCAAGAGGAAAAUGUUAGAGAUCAACAUGGAGUUGUCCAAACCGGUCGCCAACCUGGUCACGUUCGGCAUAUACAAACUACCGAAACGCGUGCACCGUGGUUGAUACGAUACCACAGUCAUUAUUGCCUAUACUACCUACCUAUAAAAUUAUAGUAUAAUAAUAAGAUUAUAAUAUAAUAUUAUUUAUAUGUCGGCGCAGGCGCAU